CCUUUGCUUGGCUUCUUAUUGUGCACAUAUAUCCUUUUUAGACUCUCUCCCAAUUUCCGAUCACCGCUUUCCUGAGUCCUCCUACCGUCUUUCGCAUGUUCUUGAAGGAAGAUUUCACCAGUUACAAGUUCAAGAGUCUCCAAUACUGUAUAAGUGGAGGGGAACCAAUAAGUCUUGAAGUGAUAGAAGAAUGGAAGAACAAGACAGGACUGGACAUCUAUGAACUAUAUGGACAGACAGAAGCUGGAUCGAUUUGUUCGGUUUCCAAAGAAAUGAAAAUUAAGCCUGGCACAAUGGGAAAAGCCCUUUUUCCUUAUGAUGUCCAGAUUGUAGACCAAGAAGCCAAUAUUUUACCUCAUGGAAAAGAAGGUGAAAUAGCGAUCAGAAUCAAACCUGAAAGACCCCUUGGUUUGUUCACUCAGUACAUUGAUACACCUCAAAAAACAGCCGCCACAACACACGGGGAUUUUUUCCUCACUGGAGACAGAGGAGUGAUAGAUGAAGAUGGCUACUUUAAGUUUAUCGGACGAGCUGACGAUAUCAUCAACUCAUCUGGAUGUGAUCCAAAAACCUGUUACUCUCGAAAUGACCUGUUCUUUGGAAUUGACUUUGAGUGUUCCUGCUGA